GGUCGCAACCUGGCUGCUUCCGAGGGCGACGCCGAGGGCCUUCUCUCCACCUGUGGCGUCAGUCAAGGACGCCGCCGCCUGCAUCCUGCCGUGCCCGACCGGCUGCCCGGUGGCGUUCGGUCCUCGCACGACCGAGGAGGCCACGCCUGUCUGCUGGGAGGACAUGGGCUGCGAGGACAGUGAGGCCCCGACCUGGGAGGAUCUUGGCGGCCAGGAGAACCGCUGCUCGACCAUGCCGGAGCCCCCCGCGGCCACGCCGCGGCCGCGGCCCGCGGUGGCCUGGGAGAGCCUGGGCAACGACGAGGGCGACCUCUGGGAGGCCUGCCUUCGCCAGCAGGAGCCCGCCCCCGCGCCCGCAGCCGCGCCCGCCGCGCCGGCCGCCCACUGGUUCCUCCGGCCGUCAGUCUCCACGUGGAUGCUGCCCGCUCCACGUGCGCCAGUCGCCGCGCCGGCAGCCGCGCCGGCGGCGGAGCCCGAGGCGGCCGUGGUGCGGCAGGC